AUUUAAUUUUUGAUAAGGGACUUUGUUGGGUAUGAUAGAAAUGCAAAAGAUAAAAACUGCAUUUCUCAUAAGUCAUAUAUCAAGCAUGAUUGGUAGAUGUGAUAAGUACAUUCCAUACUAGUCCUAGUGACCUGAGAAAUGAAACUCAUGGCUGAGUUUGAUGAUCUGAGAAAUAUAGACACAUGAAUAGGACAGUUAAGCAUCAAACUUCUCUUUGUUUGGAUUGUAACAAUGCAUGAAUCUGAGUCGCAGAACUUGCCAUGUGUCUUACCUAACAGACAUGUGUAGUGUAUGUAGCCAAAACACGAGUGUUACCUGAAAGAAACCAAAUCCCUUGCAGGCCAAUUCAAUCUCAUGGAUGACACAUAGUCUAAGCAAAGGAUCGUGUAAGAAGGAGAGAUCAAUGACAGGAAGAUUGAUGGUACUGGUGCCAAUGCUUGGACCGAGCAUUGGUCGUUGUGAAGGUGGAAGAAUGUAACGGGUAGGCACGUGAGGGUCACCUGACUCUGUCAUACAUAGGAUAUUUUCUUCUGCGAAGACGUCAUUAAAAAAAGUGGAAACAUGGACUAGUGUUGGUGGUAUAGAAGAAGAUAGAGAGUGGUGAGAUUCAAUGGAAGGAGACAGAAGGAAACCAACAAAUAAUAAGUGGUGCAAGUUGAAAGACAAGAUUCAAGUUGGUGUUGGUUCCAAAAUUAUAUCAACAAAACAAUUCUUCUUGUUCGCAUCUUUGAGUCUCCUCUUCCACUUCUGAAACGCGUUGACUUUGGCUUAUGUCGGUAUUUGGGCCAAACAAUUAGUGUUAGCCCAUCUUUGUAAUAAUCAGUUUGGGCCUUCGGUUUUAGCCCUUGAAGU